UCUAUGGCAAACUGAAGAUUUUGUGAAAACAAAAUAAUUGUAAAUUUUGUUAAUAAUUAAAACACAAGAGCAUCUUAAUGUACUGUUCUUUUAAAUCAGAGAAUAAAAAGCUUAGCAGCAAUGAACUAGCUUUCGUAUAAAAGUGUCUACCGAUCUAAACAAUGGCGUUUUUAGAGUGGCGAAGAUUUACUUUUUUUGAUGUUCAAAACGGUGCUGACAACGGGAAGAUCGCAGAGUGCCUUCAAGAUACAAAUGUAACAGUUGCGACCAGUGGUAAUGGUCAAGUUGUACUGUGCGAUGACACAGGGUGGGCCCAUUUGAUUUCUAGGUUGUGGGCGAUCACUUCGUUCAAAGCUUAUGAAAUAACUAUAACACAAGCUCAGCAGUUACCACAUGAUCCUUAUCUAGUUACUAUAGGGGAUGAUGAGCCAGGUGUGAAUCCCCUUAUAAAAGUAUGGGACUUGUCUCGCACUGAUAGACAUGGAAAUCCUAUAUGCGUACGUGUUUCGAGAGCCGUUCCAUCACAUAUGCGACCUAUGCAUGUCACAGCCCUGGCUGUUCACGAAAACAAAAAUCUGCUGGCUGUAGGAUUCCAAGAUGGUUCAGUGGCCUUAUACAGAGGAGACAUAGCCAGGCAACGUAGCGGCAAGAUGAGGACACUUGCUGAAACCGGCUCCAGCCCCAUCACCGGUCUUGCCUUCAAAGGAGCCGAGAAACUGUUCGUGGUGUCUCGCGUGUCUGUGAUGCUGGUUUGGCUGAGCACAGACAGAUGCGAGUCCCUGGACCCGAUGGGGGCGGCGCCCGGAUGUAGCGUUUUGGCGGACAAGCAUCGACUCACAGUAGCCACUAACAAGGCGAUAUACUGCUACACGACCGAAGGUAGAGGCCCGUGCUACGCGCUCGAAGGUGACAAAGUCGCGCUGAACUGUUUCCGCAGCUACCUGGUCAUCACGGCCAACGAGCCCGCGGCCAAACCCGGGGCGACGACCAGUACGGCCCCGGCCGCGCGCUCGCACCACAUCACGAUACUCGACAUACAGAACAAGUUUAUCGUUUUCUCGAAGACGUUCGACGAAAUCGACGCGGUCAUAACGGAAUGGGGCUCGUUCUAUUUGCUCACGAAGAAGAAGGAGCUGAUCUAUCUGAACGAGAAGGACCUGCAGUCGAAGUUGUCGUCGCUGUUCAAGAAAAAUCUCUACGACGUCGCUAUAAGGAUAGCGAGCAGCCAACAUUACGACGUCGAAGGUCUCACCGAGAUCUACAAGCAGUAUGGGGAUCACUUGUACAGCAAGGGCGAUUUGAAAGGAGCCAUAGAUCAAUACGUAAAAACUAUAGGCUGGUUAGAGACUUCGUACGUCAUUCGCAAGUACCUGGAAUCCCGUCACUUGGAGCCUCUGAUCAUAUACCUCGAAGCCCUACAUAAGAAGGGCUUCGCCACCGAAGACCACACCACAUUACUGCUGACCUGCUACGUGAAGAUUGACCAGCACGACCAACAGGGCAAGCUGAAGGAAUUUAUCAACACUAAAGAUAAGACGAUAGAUUUUGAUGUGGAUGUGGCUAUAAAGGUGGUGCGUCAAGUAAGCGUGGACGACGCUCUGUCGUUAGCGGCCAUACACAAGCGCCACGACUGCUACCUUCAAAUAGUGAUCGAAGACAAGAAGGACUUCAAGCAGGCCCUGGACUACAUCGUGGAGCUGGAGUUCGAGGACGCCGACGCGUACAUGAAGAAGUACGGGCACAGGCUGAUACAGCACGAACCUGAAGAUAGCACGAAGCUGCUCAAACUACUGUGCACGGACUACAAGCCCCGCAGCAAGCCGCUGGUGGACGAGACGUCGCUGUCCGGGGGCCACAGGGAGCCGGACCGGGCGGCACCGGACGACUACAUACACAUGUUCCUGAGCAACUCGGCUAAACUCAUAGAGUUCUUGGAGCACAUGGUCGCCCAUAACCCGGAGUGUUCCAAACUAGUUUACGACGCACUCAUUGAGCACUAUAUACAUGUCUGGGUGAAAUCGCCUGAGAGCGAGAAGAAGGAAUACGAAGAGAAAGUUCUACGAAUACUCAGAGACCCCGAGGCCAAUUACGAUAGAGAUCAAACACUGAUCAUUUGUCAGACUUUGGGCUUCAAACCGGGAGUGCUGUAUAUGUACGAGGAGAAUAAAUUAUGGCGGUCGCAGGUGUCGCUGUACCUGCGGGAGGGGCAGGCGGAGGCGGCGCUGGCGGUGUGUCGGCGCCGCGCCGCGCUGUGCCCCGCGCUGUGGCUGGACGUGCUGUGGCACCCGCCGCCCGCCGCCUGCCUGCCCGAGCUGCUGCACGUCAUAGAUACGGAAAAGCUGCUGUCGCGGACUCUGGUCGUGGACUGCUUGGCCAGCCACUCCGCGUACACUCUCGGAGACGUGAGGAAAUACCUGAUGGACAUACUGAAGAACGAGAACGAGGUGAUAGCGCGCGAGCAGGAGCUGGCUCGCAAGUACCGGGGCGAGGGCGAGCGCAUGAAGGCGCACAUACAGCGGAUACAGCGCGAGCCGGUCGUGUUCCAGAGCUCGCGCUGCGCCGCCUGCACCAAGCUGCUGGAGCUGCCCAGCGUGCACUUCCUGUGCCAGCACUCCUUCCACAAGCAUUGCUUCGAGAGUCUGUGCGAGUCGGAGUGCGAGUGCCCGUCGUGCGAGGCGCCGCCCCGCGCGCCGCCCCCCGCGCCCGACUCGCUGCACGCGCGCCUGCUCGCCGAGCCCGACCCUUACUCCGUAGUAUCAGAGUACUACGGACGCGGUCUGUUCAACAAGCUGACCGUCGUUACGGAGAGCGAGGAAGCCGCCCCCGCGCCCGCCUCCGCGCCCGUCCCCGCACCCGCGCCCGCCCCCGCCCCCGCCUAUGGUGCCGGAGCUGAAGCUAAACUCAGGAUGCAGGAAGGACAAAGCAAGCAGUUGUUCGUGCCGAACGCUCCGAAACAGAUAGCCCCUAAAGGCAGCAGCGUGGUGCCGGUCCCCGAGGGCAGGAUGCGCCUCAUGGAGCAGCAGCAGUACAGCAGCAGCCUUGAGGCGAACCUCACCAGGCUCGAGCCCGUGCACACCAAGAAACCGUCGCCCUUCGCCUCGCCGAGGGCCGCGAAGCGAAUAGUCCUCGACCAACCUAAAACCUCGAAACCUCCAGUAACGAAGCUCGAGGGGAGCAACCCCUUCGACGAGCACUACGACGAGUCCAAGAACCCGUUCGCGGACGAACAAGGAGACGACCCGACCAACCCCUUCGCGGGAGACGACGACUACGACUCCAACUAUAAUCCCUUCGCUAAAGACGACUAGACACCGUGUAGACUCCGUGGAGGGUGGGGUGGGUGGCGCCACUUAACACCAGGUGGGCUGUGAGCUCGUCCACCCAUCUAAGCAAUAAAAAAGAAAAAAAGGGUAGUUUGUAGUCAUCGCGACCCUAACGACUGAAAGCAUUCCCAAGUACGAGCAAGUUUGCGCAAAUAUCUCUUUUAACUUAUUUUACUGUAUGCGUUAAAGAUUAAAUAAAUAUUGGCUAUUAAUAUAGCUUUCCUAAAUUCUCCUUAACCCACAUCACGGAAGCUGAUGUAAACUAAUAAGUGUCUCGUAUUUAAAUAAAUAAAAUGGACUGAUUUAAUUAAGCGACCCGCACGCCCUCUGUGUCUCUCGUGGCUGCGACGACACACGUGAUAACUAUAACUAUCAACUUUAUAUACAGGGUGUUAAGGAAUCGUUUGAUUCGUUGAGAUAUGUGUUUCUUUUCAACAGAAAAUCUCAUUUCGAUAAUCUGGUCGUACAAGACAACGCGACGGAUCGAGUUUCGUGUAAAAUUACAAUAAAAAACUAAUUGACACAAUUAUUGUUCAUCACAAGUGAGGCAAAUACUUUUUUUUCAUCACAAAAUCAUAGUGGGGCCCUAGAGUUGGGAGUCGAUCAGACAAUGAUAAUAGUAGCUACUGACUGCUCCUUCUUAUUUGUCUCCACCAUAUCCCCUCAGCUAGGGUAUGGCGCAGUGAUAUUUUUCUUUUCCAUUCUCCUCUAUCAGCCCUCAUCUCAACACCCAAUCCUCUUCCUCUUGUAUUGUGAUUCACACCACUACAUCAACGUCUUUUUCUAUGGAGCUCUUCUCCCUUCACCUUGCAUUACCAUUUCGAAAAGUUCCUACUGACCAAGUAGUUACUGACUGCGUCUGCAGAUUUACAUUGUCUUUUUUUUAUAUCGAUUAUCCUUCUAUUAGUAAUUAUUAUUAAGCGAUAGUUAAAUUAAAUUUAAUUAAAGUUUAUAAUUUAUUCUCAAAAUGGCGCCGUGAGUUUAAUGUUAUUUUUUUUAGAUUUAGACUUAGAAAGUAUUGUGUCUUAUCAUAUAACAAUAUAAUAGGCUAUAGAAAAAGACUGUAAGUAGAAAUGUUCUGCUGUGUUUGAGUAUGGUUGUACAUUUUGCAUUGUAAAUAAGUCUAUGUGAUCAGUGUUUUAUAGUUGAAAAUAUGUAUAUUAAUAUAUUCGAUGCCUGUACUGGAUUUGUAAAUAAAUAAA